UCGUCGCGCUCCAGUUUCGUGCGCAUCAGCCGGCAGCUGCGGCACGUCUAUGGGGCGGCCCCGCGGAGCUCCGGCGCGGACGGGGACAUGCGGGUGCUGGCUUCUUCCCUACCAGGAGCCUCUGGGGAGGACGGUGAGCUGAAGGAGAGCGGCCAGGAGAACACAGGUGGAUGCUUGUGAGCAUCGGACAGAGCGAGUACCCGUGACCGGUGCAGUGGAGGCCUGAUGUAGAUGCCAACAUGGAUGAAGAGGAAGCUCUCAACUCUAUUAUGAAGGAUCUGGCAGCCCUAGGCAAAUGCGGGGGACUGCUGGACAGCCACAGGAACAAAAACAGCCUUCACUCCAGCAAACAGCAGCGCAAUGCCAGGCUCAAGUUUGAAUAUGACGGGGAGAAAAGGAUUAUCCAGUUUCCAAGACCGGUCAGAUUCAAAGAAGUGCUGCAGAAAGUCAUGGAUGCUUUUGGACAGAUGAUGGAUCUGCACUAUGCCAACAACGAGCUCCUGAUCCCGCUGAAAUCCCAGGAAGACUUGGACAGAGCGGUGGAACACUUGGACCUGAGCCCCUCUCUGAAAAGCUUGCGGAUCUUUGUGAAGGCGCCAAAGAAAACGAGCUUCCUACAGCCCAACAACAGUAAGCAGCAUGAAAUGAGAAUCUCCAAGUCCAUGGGAGACAUCAUGGGAUCUUUGUAUAAGGACGGCGAGAGGACGCGGAAGUAUUCAACAGGCUCCUUGCACACCGGCCGGAGCUCUCCGCCCCCAGGCAGCGUGCCCGAGGAGCAGCAGCAGAUCGCGCGGCAGGGGUCCUACACGAGCAUUAACAGCGAGGGGGAGUUCAUUCCAGAGAUCAUGGACCAGAACAUGCUUGACGCUUUCUUGAGCCCCGACGAUUCGCUCUCUGGGAGCUGUCAGUCUCUGGACAGAUCUAUGGACAGCCCACCCUACACCCAAACUCCUGUUUCAAGAAGGAAGAGUCAGCCCAAAGACAGCCUUGACUGCCUGGAUUUUGAUAUUCCAUUUUGUGAAAGAUUCGGAAAAGGUGGCACUUUCCCUAGGCAAUACCACCUCUCCCAGAGCCGCAAGGACUACAGUGAUGGCCGAAGGACUUUCCCAAGGAGCUACGUCCCCCAGGAGAGCCUGUUCCAGCUUGUCCCCUCCAGCAGGACAAAGAGCUUUAAUGGGGACAGCAAGCUGAGCACGUUACAGUACGAGGAGCACAGGACCAAGCGCUGGAACAACUGUGAAAAGGGUUUGCAGGUCUUCAACACAUCCCCCACGAAGUCUAGGAACUCCCUGCAGGCUCCCGUGAACUGGAGACUGGGGAAGCUCCUUGGCAGAGGUGCCUUCGGGGAGGUUUACCUCUGCUACGAUGCCGACACAGGCAGGGAGCUGUCGGUGAAGCAGGUGCCAUUUGAUCCGGACAGUCAAGAGACGAGCAAGGAGGUGAAUGCCUUGGAGUGUGAGAUCCAGCUGUUAAAGACCCUCCGCCAUGAGAGAAUAGUCCAGUAUUACGGUUGUUUGCGUGACACAGAAGAAAGGAAAUUGUCCAUCUUCGUGGAAUACAUGCCAGGGGGUUCCAUAAAGGACCAGUUAAAAGCAUACGGUGCCCUGACCGAAAACGUCACCCGGAAAUACACACGGCAGAUUCUGCAGGGAGUUUCCUAUUUGCAUAGCAAUAUGAUUGUACAUAGGGAUAUUAAAGGUGCCAACAUCUUGAGAAAUUCUGCUGGGAAUGUUAAACUCGGAGACUUUGGGGCCAGCAAACGCAUUCAGACCAUCUGCAUGUCUGGAACAGGAAUCAAAUCCGUCACAGGAACUCCUUACUGGAUGAGCCCAGAGGUGAUCAGUGGAGAAGGCUAUGGGAGGAAAGCAGAUGUGUGGAGCGUGGGCUGCACUGUGGUGGAGAUGCUAACAGAGAAGCCACCCUGGGCAGAAUUUGAAGCCAUGGCAGCCAUUUUCAAAAUUGCCACCCAGCCGACCAAGCCGCAGCUCCCAGACGGCGUCUCGGACUGCUGCCGUAACUUCCUCAAGCAGAUCUUUGUGGAGGAGAAGCGGCGGCCCACAGCGGAGGACCUGCUGAGGCACCCCUUUGUGAGCUGCAGCCUCUAGACCCUCGCGAGGGGCAGGGGAAAUGCGGGCGGAGGAUACGAGGAAAAGGGAAGGGAAACAAAACAGACCCAUGGGCUUAUGCACUCUGAAAACUCAGCCCUCAGCCUCCUGUUUGUGUUACUCCAGGUCCCCUGGGUCUGAGGUCGCAUGAUCAGUCGCACCUCAUUGUCAGCAAGGGGACCAGUUUCUAAACUGCACUUAUGCACCAGCUGGCUAUGGAGAACAGCUGUCGCCAUGACUUGGGCUAGAAGCAGUUCAGAAUUAGGGGUUGCCCUCCUAACACAUCGGUGGUCGGGUGAACCACAAACUGAGCAGCCCUGUUGCCAGUGGGUGUCUGUGGCACAGAGGAGCUUGGGAUGGCAAGCAGUCGUCAUGUCACUUAUCUCCAAGGCAUGAAGUGGACCGGACCUACCACCCCUCGCUGGGCCACUGUGAAAGGAGCACCGCCAGCUGCAUCCUUGAGGGCAGCCGUCACUGUCUCAGCAGAGAAAAAGGGUGCUCCGUAAUAAUCACUGCAGGACUUGGGCGUGAAGCAGACCGAGAUGAAUCCAGGACGAGGAACGAUUGACACGUGUGCCUCAAUCCAUUUGAAGAGAGAAAGGAGUCCUCUUGUGGGAGCUGAAAGUGGGAGGCGGUGGGAAGCCAGUGACCAUAACAGCAUCUCCAGCUCUUCGGAGAGGCCAGAUUCACGCUGCUUUGUGCCUUAUGUGGUUAUAGUCAAUCAGCAUUACCCUGAUUCACCCCAGGGUGUCCAGUCAAGGGGUGACUGCCCAAGCAGUCCUGUUGACUCUGCAUUUCUGUGCCUGCAAAACAGCUCAAAUGCAAGGCGUUACUUUUCCCUGGAUGUGGAAAGCCGCCCGUAAGGGACUGACUGCCAACGGUUGCCAGAGGACAUUGGGGCAUUCGUUGUCCAGCAGACAAGUGGGUCUCAAUGGGACCUGCCGCUCAGUACAAGCCAGUUCUUCAGGGCCUGAUCCUGAAACAAAGGGGGAGGGGACGGGGACGGGGCAUUUCUUUGAGAGCAAUUGUCCUCUCAUCUUCCUGUCUUUGCCAACCUGUGGCCAGUGCCGUUGUGCUGCUAACAAAGGGUCCAAUGUGCCAAGGACUGAGCACCUGCCACUGCAUCUUGCAGGACCAGGUCUCAUGACAGUGCAGAAAGGUUGUCUUUUUUUCCACCCCACGAAGGCUCAGCUCCUCCAAGUGAGACAGUGGAGAUGCACGCACCAGCUGCAGGCUCAUUCUGCUUCAUCCUGAGAUGCCCUGGGGGUUUCCAGUGCCUGGGAAUCAGGAAGGACCUUGAUUCCCAGCCUAGCAGAGCCAUGAUUUUGUCAUCUCUGGGUCCCACUUUGCAAACAGCAUGAGACGAGCUGCUGUCCCUGGGAUAGGGAACAAUCCUGCCACGCUUCCAAGACCCUGAACCCACCAGUUGUGUGUGUCUAUCCCCACCCCGAAGCCCCUAGGAAAUGUUAAAGGAUAACUGAACGCUCCACAUGGCAGGGGAGGCAGUGUGUCUGGAGAGGAGUUGGGGGUAGGAUCACCUAUGCAGCUGAUGCAGAGUUGUAUGCACACCCCCAAAAUGCCACAGUACAUACCAAAUUAACCAUGUAAUGCCUGUCCCAGCACACUGCCUAGGGAACGCUGUUGCAAUGGGAUGUGUGCCUUGCUCAGACACCAGGAGUCCUGUGCUUUCCAACCUAUUUAUGCCUCCUAGUGCACUCAGUUGGCUUGAUUCUUCUUUCAUGGAUGCUGGUCUCAAUCAGGAGCUUCACCACCUCCCCCUGCACUUUACAUCAGUGAUAUAAAAUGAAGAUGAUCAGCGCCCAGGCCAGUGAGUUAUUCAUUGCAGUCAUAAACUGUCACAUAUUGUUAUUCACAUGGGCAGUGUUUAUCUCUUUAAUAACCUUUGCCAAAAACAAUAUUACAGUAGAGCACACGAUAUCCUGGCAACUGCAUUGUGGUGCAAGCUGUUUUGGCCCGUUGCUUUGCUAAGGAGGUGGAAAGAGUUAAAAAUGUGGCCUCAAAUGCUGACCUGAUUCCUCCUUCCCUUUCAGUAUGUGAACUGGAAUGAUACAUGCAGGGUAGUUUUAAAGCUGGGUCUGUCCAGAUCAAGCAGGAGCAGGGACUUGGUAGAGGAAAAGAUGUGGAAGCAGCUAUUGCAAUCUCUGGGGUAAAUGCCACAUAUCAGGCCUGACUUUUUUUCUUUUCCCCCAUAUUGUGGCUUCCUCUUGCAUGUGCAAUGGUGUACAUGUGCUCUUCCACCAGUUUCCACUACAUGUGUGGCUAAAUUUGCACAUACAAAACCUGCUUGUCCGGUAUUGAUCACAAGGGAGAGUUAAGCAGUUGUUGCUUUUAAAGAUGCUUUAAUUUGUUUAUGGCCUGCAAUUAUGGGUUAAAUCUUGAACCUUUCUGUGUUUAGAUGCCUGGUAGAGACGAUAUUCAGCUGUCGGCACGGGACUGGUAAAAGGCCUGUGCACCAAAGAAAUUCCCCUUAAACUCUGUUUAGGACCUAGGUAGGACUUAACACUUCUACUGUGCACUUAGGCAUACUUUACUUCACAAAGAAAGCAGGCAGCAGUGAUGAAAUGAGCACGGCUGGGGUAGCCUCAGUCCAAUGCACCAGGUGUUCAAAAAAAACCAGAGUCUAAAUUUAAAAUAUUUGCUUGCAAUUAAAAAGAGGAGCUGAAAUCAAUUUUGUCUGUGCAAUUCUCCCUCCUCCCUCUCCCAGUCUUGUGCCUAGAAGUGAAGACCCAUGUACCAAAGUGGAAGAGCCCAAGCUGUUUUCUCUGCUGGGAAAUGCACAAAGUAAAAAAGUAAAAUCAGUGAACAUGAAAGCAGUUUUAGAUCUGGAGAAGUCGUAUGGGCAGAUGACUUCCCUAUGGGGAGUGCAGGGGAUAAAACGAAUACAACUUCAGAGAUAUGUACUAGUGCUCUGUAUAAAUGACUGAAAAUCCAGAAUCGACUUUAAUGUGCAUUGGCUCAGAGCUGUCAUUUUCUACUAAAUUUUAUGGGGCAGUUCAGGGGAAAAAGAAAUAGUUCUCAUUCUCUAGGGCAUUUGGUAGAACUUCGCCUUGAGGGAAUAGCUGAAUGUACUGUCAGUAACCUUGUAACAGUGGUUUUUAAUAUUAAUCUGAUAGUUCCCCCUUAAACCAGCACAGUUAAGGUUUUUAAGUCCUUAAUUACUCUUCAGUAAAUUGAGAACAGAGUCCUGUUCCCGGCCACGCCAUCUGGACUUGAUCCUACAUGCCACAGUUGGGCUCUUGGGAAAUCUCGACUCCGAGCACUGAAAUACGAAAUAUAUGCUGAUGGCUCAGGCAGGGCUUAAGUAUGCCGUGGCGCACUAAGCUGUUUGCAAACGCGUUCUCCGGUGCUCCCUUCCUCCCUCAAAUGGAAAGUCAGGACAGGGACCCAGCGGAGUUUGUAAGGGCGCUUUGCAACCUGCCCUAUGGCAGCAAGGACUGAGCUGUGACUUAAGGUCACAGUGCCUUUCACUGGGCACAUGACUUCCCUCUCCACCGGCUUAACAGCAUGAUAGGAGGCAGUGUCACUGCCAGCCUACUUGUUGGUGAGAGAUGUGUCGGCUCCUCACCAACUACCUGUCCCCUCUGCAUUGUGGGCCAUGAUGCUUGGUGCCCAUGUAGAGGGGCACCACCUAUAUCCAGGUUCACCUGUGCUGGGGACUAGCCCGGCUUGUGACUGAGCCUUACAAGAACCAACCUGCAUGCACUCGGAGAAGGGGUAGAGAGCACUGCCUUAGCUGUGCUCUCCAAAGGGCUAUAAGAAACUCUUCCCAAGUGGCUUUGUGUUGGCAGAGCACCCUGCCACCCUGUCCCCCACCCCAGCUGAUGCUGCAGCACUGCAGCCUGGCAUCCUGCUGUUCCAACGGGCCGAGUCCUCGGGAUGAGCUGAGAGCUCAGGGUGCUCUACAGGACCAAAGGCAGCAGGCACUGGCAGGCUCCAUCCUCACAGGCCUGGUGCAAACAGAGCUUCCAGUGACUUGGGUAGGAGAGAGGCAGGGUUAGGCAACGCAGACCCUUGUGACUGUGCCCUCCUAGUUAAUGCUCCCUGCUAACAGAGCAUUAACUAAAUGCUCUGUUAGCUAAAUCACAUAGGACAAUGCCCAAUAGGGGAGAACUCGGCUCCCACAAAGCAGGGCAGCACAAAGCCGACGUCACACCCAGCUCCAUACAGCGGUGCAGAGUCCAGUACAGGGGUGAACUGCACCUUCCAGGUCCCCUCCUGACACGUGCACAGCUGGGCACUGGGAUCUCCUCCUGCCUUUCUCUGCUCUUCUCCUCUCCUCUAUGUGUGUGUGUCUGUGUGUGUGUGCGCGCGCGUGUGUGUACAGAUAUGAAUCACUCCUCAGGUGCCUUUGCCUUUUUAUUUUUUUUUUAAAUGACCCUUGCAGUGUUUUUUAUGUACAAAACAGAACUAGGGAAAGAGACUGUAAUUAUAUUCCAUGUAUAUUUUUUUUUCUAUGUAGUGGAUUUGAAAGUACUUUCAUCCAGUGUAUAGUAGAAGCAUUUUGCUUGGAUCAAAUAUUGCUCUGGGUUCCUUUUGCAAUAUUACCGAGACUGUAUAAUCUUGUACAUGUAUAAUAAUGUUUUCCUUCUCUAGGGAAAAGGCUCAAGUGUGAUAUUGUAUAUCAUCUGACUUUUAUAUUGUAGCCUCUAAAUCUGUAUGAUUCCUUCACACCAGGCCAAAAAUAACUAGAUGGCAAGUUGUAUGUAAGGAAACAGAGCUUGGGAUUACAGAAAGCUGACUGCCAGAGGGCAAGACUGAGGCUGAAAUUCAAACCCAGGGGCCUUGUAUGACUCAGCCGGUGGAAGCAGCUGUAAAGUGUUUUCUUUUUUUUUAAUUGAAAAAAAUAGAAUAUUUAAGCAAUUAAUGGACUGUACUAGAAAUAAUGUAUUUGUUAAGUUCUGAGACUUGAAAUCUCUAUGCAUCAUUUUGUCCAAAGCUGGACCAAGCCUGCAGUACAAUACAUCCCAUCCCACCCUCCCUGUACUUGGGGCAGCCUCACUGUUUGGAUGUGCAGACAGAGAUCACAUUUGAGCUGGGAGGCUGUUGAUGAGGAAGCAUUGAGUAGGGUGGAGUUGGGAAGAGGGGAUUGUAUUCCUCUGCCUGGGACCAGAGCUCUCAGCCUGGUUGUAGCUGUGGUAUCUAAUGCAUUGUAGCUGGAAUCUGAGCAGCAGCGUCAUGACCGAGAGCAGGGUCUAGCCCUCUUGCAGUGUGGUUCCCAGCUGCCUCCCUAAGCAGCCGUGUUUUCACACGGGCCCUUUUUCAAGGGCUGCAAUCUGACUUCAGGAGCAGCACGGUCUGCUAUGCAAGUGGCUCACUGGCAGCAGCUCUGGGAGGCGGCUGGACUCAGGAACAUGACUGCGGAGUCACAAAUCCUCCCUCCUCCCAGUGUGCUAAUAAUUCCUGUGGCCUCAAUAAAGGUGCAUCCCUCUCCCCGCACUGACAUGGUGACUCUGGCCGUAGACUGAAAGGAGGGAGUAGAGCUAGAACAGCAGCGGGCGAUUAUUUUGGGCGGAGAGCCGCCUACUGAGUUUUGGCAAACCAUCAAGGACUGCAUGACAGGCAGCCAGGGGCAGAUAAAUAUUAAUUUUCUAAAUUUUUUAGGGGCCCCACGGGCUGGAUAGAAUGGGCUGGCGGGCUACAUCUGGCCCCCGGGCUGCAUUUUGCCCACCCCUGAGCUAGGAUGUCUUCCUGUUCCCUGACCACCACCAGCCUGCAGGGGCCAGGGACAGAUUAAGUAGGUGAAUCAAGCCUUUUAAAUCUUAGUCACAGCACUUCUGAUGCUAGCAAGGCAGCAAUGAUGGAUUCGCCGUAUCCCAUCAAACUAAAAGUUCGUGCUCCUUAUUCAUUGCUUGAGGCCAUCCAUGUUGGUGACUGGCAAGGCUGGUCUUUGGCCGUCAUUGUUAGAAGCACGAUCCUUUGCUGCCUGAGCUGAAGCAGUAGUUUCAUUAGCUGUCAGAUGCAGUAGAUGUUUAGUCUCCUACUUCUCUUAUUCUCCUAUUCUCCUGUGGUCUGAUGUUAAAGGGAGAUGUGAAUAAUUUUAUGUAUGCAAAUAGUCUCAUCAAAUGAGGCUGCUCAUGUGCACACAUUUACUCACGUGGAUAAGUUCUUUGUUGGACCAGGGCCAAAGUUAGAAAGCAGAUGCAUCAAAAGACCUAAUUGUCUAACAUCUCUUUCAGUUGGUCCAAUAAAAAGAUAUCACCAAAAACGCCUCUCCAAUGAUAUAACAAACCUCAUCUGACAUGUCCUGCAUUUGAUCAAAGAUGCUAUCAGUAUUAUAGCACUUCAGCAGGGAAGCACACCAGCACUUGCACUGAGAGCGGUGCAUCAAGUAUGUCUAAGUCAUUUCAACUUUGGCAGAACCAACCCCAUGUGAAACAAGCUAAUACUGCAGGUUUGGGAAGCAGGACGCCUUGUUGAAUGUACUUUGUAAAAUGCUGUAAACCCUUUUUAUUUUCUGAUGCAUGAAAUUAAAUAUUUUUAAAUGUGGUAUUAUGAAA